CUCCUGGGCGCUGGGCUGGGGCGCCUGGCGUGGGAGAACGCCUAGCCCUUCUGGGCUUGCAUCUGUGUCCCCUGUCCCUCCUGAACACCUCUCCUGAGGCUGCCACUGGGCCCCAGGGGUGUCCCCAGCACUGUGGCAGCAUGAACUGCAUCUCGGACUUCUUCACCUACGAGACCACCAAGUCGGUGGUGGUAAAGAGCUGGACCAUCGGGGUCAUCAACCGAGCGGUCCAGCUUCUGAUCAUCUCCUACUUCGUGGGGUGGGUUUUCUUGCACGAGAAGGCGUAUCAAGUGCGGGACACGGCCAUCGAGUCCUCGGUGGUGACCAAGGUGAAGGGCUUCGGACGCUAUGCCAACCGGGUCAUGGAUGUGUCUGACUACGUCACCCCACCUCAGGGGACCUCUGUCUUUGUCAUCAUCACCAAGAUGAUCGUCACGGAGAACCAGAUGCAGGGCUUCUGCCCAGAGAGCGAGGAGAAGUUCCGCUGUGUGAAUGACAGCCAGUGCUCGCGGGGGCGCUUCGCAGGCGGGGGCAUCCUCACUGGCCGCUGCGUGAACUACAGCUCUGCACUGCACUCCUGUGAGGUCCAGGGCUGGUGUCCAACAGAGGUGGACACAGUGGAGAGGCCCAUCAUGACAGAGGCCGAGAACUUCACCAUCUUCAUCAAGAACAGCAUCCGCUUCCCGCUCUUCAACUUCGAGAAGGGAAACCUCCUGCCCAACCUGACCGAAAGCGACAUGAAGACCUGCCGCUUCCACCCGGAGAGGGCCCCGUUCUGCCCCAUCCUGCGCGUGGGGGACGUGGUCAGGUUUGCAGGCCAGGACUUCACCAAGCUGGCCAGCACGGGUGGAGUCCUGGGCAUCAAGAUCGGGUGGGUGUGCGACUUGGACAAGGCGUGGGACCAGUGCAUCCCCAAAUACUCCUUCACACGGCUCGACGGCGUUUCGGAGAAGAGUAGCGUCUCCCCAGGCUAUAACUUCAGGUUCGCCAAGUACUACAAGAUGGAGAACGGCAGCGAAUACCGCACCCUCAUGAAGGCCUUCGGUAUCCGCUUCGAUGUGCUGGUGUACGGGAAUGCUGGCAAGUUCAACAUCAUCCCCACCAUCAUCAGCUCUGUGGCGGCCUUCACCUCCGUGGGAGUGGGGACCGUGCUGUGUGACAUCAUCUUGCUCAACUUCCUCAAAGGCGCUGACCAGUACAAAGCCAAGAAGUUUGAGGAGGUGAACGAGUCCAUGCUGAAGGUCACCAACCCCCUGGACCAGGCCACAGCAGAAAAGCAGUCUACAGACUCAGGCGCCUACUCCAUUGGCCACUGAGGUGUCACUCCAGGGCCCAUGUGCACCAUAGGCCUCCUGAGAGGGAGACCUCUCCACAGGGCAGGGUUCCUGCAGCUCACCCC